AUGUCUGGUAAUGAUGAAUAUGUCGAUGUAAUGACAUCCAGUCCACCUCCUACAACUAGGACAACUUUACAAAGUUCAGGAAUGAAGAAAAAAAAAGUAAAAAAUAAUAAAGACAAUCCAGGAUCAAGUGAUGAAGAACGAUGGUUAAAAGCAAUUGAAACGGGUAAAUUGGACGAAGUUGAUGAUGAGUUGAAGAAAAUUAAAAAAAAGGAUCCAAAAAUGAUGACCGCUAGACAAAGAGCAAUGUUUGACAGAAAGUCUGAUAAAGAAUUCACCGAAGAACUGGUUGCAUUGCCUUCUGGAUAUCGAGAAAAGGUAUUAACUCCAGAAAUGUUGCAAAAAAAAGCUAUUAAAUCACAAAAAAGAAAACAACAAGCAGAUGAAAAAAGAGAAAAUGAUAAAAAGCGAACCAUGGAAAGAUUGUUGAAAAAACAUGAAAGCAAAUCUAAAACAAAUGCUAAAGGCCGGAUGGCAAGAAAGACUGUUAAUAAUAUUAUUUACAUUAGUAAAAAUGAUAAAGUGUCUCUACUGUUUCCAGAAGGUGUUGAGUUUCCUCUCAAAAAAUCUUUUAUUAAACUUCCACCGGCUCAAAAAAUGUGUGGGGUAGAUGGCUGUGAAAAUCCAAAGAAAUAUUCAUGUUCUCGAACUGGUUUACCAUUGUGUAGCUUACAAUGUUAUAAUGCAAAUCAAUUAAAUAUUUGGAACACUGUAUUCUGA